AUGUCAAACCCUAAAACUAUCGAUUCCUCACUCUGGUUUGAUUCCUUUACUUUCUUUCUCACUGACCUAGAAAACGCCUUUCUCUCCUCUGGCUUACCUCCUCACCUCGCGAAGAAGUUGAAGGAGAAUCACGCAUGGUUUGUGGAAACUGUUUAA